UGUCAAAGUCAAAUGUCAAAUUGGGAUAACAACAGGAAGAACAGUUGUUUUGUUGUGUUUGAAAAGUUGUUUUGAUCUAAUAGGCUUUUAUAUUCACGUGUAGUUUAGUAACAUGAAUAGUGGUAAAGAUAAGAAUAUAAAAGGCUACGGUAGGGUCAUGUCGCAAGUGUAUAACCGUCCUCAUAGCAAUCUUAAAUCAACUUCUAGUGUUUUGAGUCAUGUUUCAACAGAUGUUGGCGCCAAACGACCAUCUGUUUCAAGUUCAGGUGCUAACACCCGACCUAAGUCUGGUGUUUUUAGUGAUUUACCAAUUGUACUUAACGAUUACGUUCCUGAUAUUAAGAAAGACUUAAAACAGAGCAGCGUAGUUAAACCGAGACGAACAUUAAAAUCAUUAGAACCAGGGAAGAAACCGAUUCCUACGGUAGUGAGAAAUGUUAAGUGCGAUGAAGGUGGUCGUUCUUUGAACGUGUGUGCGUCUGCCCCUUCUGUACUAGGUGGAAAAGCCAGUAGAUGUCCAGAUCCAAAUAUCAGGCACUGUUUGUCAAGCAGGUCCCACUCUAGGCUAAAAGAAUUAAAGGAUGAAAUAAAAGCAUAUCAAGAUACUGAACAGUUAUUAAAGCUGAGAAGUAAACUGUACAAGAGAUGUGGUGUUGUGUUAAAUGAUGUCGGACAGGUGGCUAUGGACAAGGCUGUGCAAGCGGAGGACAUAGAUGUCAAACAAGACGAAUUGAGAGCGCAGCGGGUGCGCGAGCGGCGAGCGGAUGCCGGAGCCGCUGUGUCUCACGAACAGAUGAGAUCCGGCCCAACGGUUUAUCCAGUCGAUCGAUAUAUGGUACGUACACUUAUGACAACUGUAAUCAGCCAAUUAGUCAUGUAAAACGAACAAUGACUAUCCGGCUCGAAGGACCAAUGUUAAUAAAAAUUCUCUGAAAUCAAUCAUAACCAUACUUUUGUAAAAAUAAACCAUCAUUCAGAUUUCUAGUACCACGACAACCUGUACUGUUUUAAUACAUUUUGUUUUAAACUUCAAUUCUAGAUGGCGCUGUAAGAAAUCUGAAUCAUGGUUUAUUUUCCAAAUGUAUGGUAAUGAUUGAUAUCAUUGAAUUUUUACUAACAUUUCUCCUUCUUGCCGGAUAG